AUGACAAUACCUACCAUAAGUGAACUUAAAAAGGAUAGAAUUAUACCUCACGUUUUUCCAAAUGAUAAUAUUGAUUUGAACGUAGAACUUUUUAUAAGUUUUAAAGCAGGAAAAGAAGUGAAUCACGGAAAUGUUUUAGAUAUUGCUGGAACUGGAAGUGUACCAAGAAAUAUAAAAUUUUCAGAAGAACCUCCAGAUGGUUAUUGUUUUGUUUUAUUCAUGGUAGAUCCUGAUUAUCCUUCGAGAUUACGACCAGAUGGUAAGGAAUAUGUUCAUUGGGUGGUAUCAGGUAUAAAAUCGAAAGAAUUAAUAAAGGGAACUCAAAAAAAUUGUAUAACUAUAUUGCCAUAUGUAGGUCCAUCUAUUAAGAAGGGUACAGGUUUACAUAGAAUUAGUUUUAUUAUUUCCUUAAUAAAAGAAGAAGAUAAAGAUAACAUUACAGGCUUACCUCAUUAUAGAGGAGAAAAAUAUAUUACAAGAGUAAAAUUUAACAAUUAUGAAUCAGUUCAUAAUAUUGCUCAAAUUAAUAAUAUGAAAAUUGUAGGUUAUAAUUGGUGUCAAAUUGAAGGGUAG